AUGACAAGGUGGUGCAUUGUGUUAGUUCUAGCUCUAGCGGUAUCAGUUUACCCUGGUACCGCUAGAGACGUUCCAAGAGAAAACAAAGAUACUAUUGGUCUUACAGACCAAAAGAACGUUUAUAAUUUUGGUGGAACGGGCGGGUUUGCUGGCCUAGGAAACAAUGGUUUGCCCAUGGGUGGGAUGGGCACCGGAGUCGGUGUAGGGGGUGAUUUUGGUGGAAACAAUGGAAUAGGAGGUGUUGGUGCUGGAUACCAGUUUGGUGGACCUGGUGGCCCGGCCGGUGGUGUGGGAACUUUUGGAGGUCUUGGUAACGGUUUUGGUGGAUUGCCUACACUUGGUGGCGGUGGAUUUGGUGGUGGUGGUCCUAUGGGUGGCGGUGUUGGUGGUGGUGGUGGUGUGCUCCCCUCUCCUUGA